AUGGACCCUGGCUUUAUUGCCAAGCCUCACUCUCGUUUCUCUCCCUCCCACACCAAUCCUCUUUCCGCGUUAUAUCGCGUCGAUCUCUUUCCUACUCCUUCUCACAGUUACUUCCUCCCAAACCAAAUGGACCAAAGUCCAAGGUACACUAGUGGAACUACCUGUAUUCCUUCAUUGUUCCCUCCGGGCGUCGACCCAAACACCGUCGACUUCAGAACUUUCUUUCCUUAUAUUCCAAACGAGGUCAAGCAUAGAAAGCGCACCUCUCGUACACAACUCAAGGUCCUAGAAGAUAUAUUUCGUAAAGAUACAAAACCAAAUGCUGCCCUGCGUAAAAAGUUAGCAGCAGAACUUGAUAUGCUUCCACGUGCGGUACAGGUGUGGUUUCAAAACAGGCGUGCAAAGGACAAGGCUCUUCGGAAAAGAGUCCAGGACUCGACUCAGCAGGAUUCUCCUUCGGCUCACUCUCCUCAAAAGUCUCAGUCUUCCAGGGACACCUCCCCCAAUGACUCUUCCAAUUCUUCCACCCCCACGGAAAAACCCACGCACCCUGCAGAAGACGAUCAACCACCCUCACCAGAGCCACACCCAGUGGAGCGAUCACCAACAGCUGAAAGUCCUCUUACGAAGUUUUCCUUUUCCCUUCCUGCGCCCCCAACAGAAGCUUGGCACAGUAACCCAGCCACUCCUGCCGAAAUUCCUCCUCAUGCUCGCCCUUUCUCAACAGAUUUGACUUGGCAAGACAAUAAUGACCUUCUGAACACACGCAGAGGGUCGCUGCCAAUCACCAUGUCCACGCCAAGUACAGACGCCAACCAGCCGUCUUCCCACUUCCCAGAUAGACGCAAGUCUAUGGACGUCAGUCUCCUUAGGCUCAUGCAUCAUCCGUUCGCACGCGUUGCAAAGGAGAAGAAUGACGCGAUCUUUCUCAGGCCGCCCAUAUCUCCUGCAGGGUCGGGUCAGUCCAUGGCCCGUCCACCCUCCGGCCUCGGUGGGCCAAGCAUACGUGCAGCAAGUUAUGGCUCUUCUACUUCGUACAGCCCUUACACUCGCCCUUCUUUGGCUCAUAGAGCAUCAGAGCCCCAUGUCUUCUCGCCUACUCGCUCUUCCCUUGUACCGGAGAUACGUCCACCGUUUCCGUCAUCGCACGUGCCACGCCGGCUCUCGGACAACCGUUUUACAAUGAGCUCCAGAGCGCUCCCGUCACCUAUUCCUGGACCCUUGCCAAAGCCUGAUUUCCAGUUUGGCGCUCCGACAUCUGCAUCUCCUCCACAUGUCUCACCGGAUGCAGAAUCUCCCGGGAACAUGCACGCAUGGGCGUUUCCUCGCAAUGAGGCAGAUCAGGACACGGAGGAUUCGUACAGUUCUACUGGAUUAUCUAGAUUCGGCUCGAUUGCUAGCAUCUGUGGGAGCGACACCAGCGCGACCAGUGCAAUUUAUUCGGACGUCAGUAGUUGUGUUGGCGUCGAUCAUUUCGAUCCUAAUGGAAGGAGAGGGUCUUGCGCAUCCAACCUCGAGACACGUAUGUCCGGUUUGAACAUGCGGUCCAGCCAGGGAUCGCUCAACGAGGCUCACUUAAACGCCGCGUCUUCAUUUUCCUAUCAACAUAGGGAGCACCUGUUAUCACAGGAACCAGGGUACUCUUCCCCUGCCUCAACUGUUUCACCCGGCGGAAGUCCACACCCUGGAUACGGAAAGGACCCUGGCCCUUCGGGUCUACGAACGAGCGAGGUUUCGUUUGGAUACAAUCCUCUCCCACCUGAAACUAGUGGCAACACCUAUCUAGGACCCACGGAGCCCGCUACAGCAAGCCGCAGGCCCAGUAUACCCACCAUCCAAGAAGGAGUGCCGCACAAUCAUAUCCAGAACAACAUCGAGCACAACUCAUAUCCACCGCCCGUAGACACAACGGCCCCGUCCAACGCAUACCAUUUCGCCCCAGAAUCUAGCCAAUACUCCCACACAGGAAACUAUCCACCAUUUCCGCGGGACAGCACAUUUCCUCCCACGGAGACCUCAUACCCCCAACCUGGGUUGCAGUACCCACCCGAGAGCAGUUUUUCGUUGAGCUCUGCUCCGUCUGCUGUUGUUGGAGUUGGCGGUGGUAUGAGCUCGUAUGUGUCACCUCCGGCUGAAUAUACCUUUACUGUGCCUCCUUCGAACAGCGUGGGGCAUGGUGGGGAACGGUUUGGUGCAUAUAGCUGA